CGAGGGAAGCGCGGCUGGAAGCCCUUCCACGCCAUCCUGAAGGGGAUGAUUCUCUACCUGCAGAAGGAGGAGUAUAAGCCAGGGAAGGCGCUGGCGGAAGAGGAGCUGAAGAACGCCAUUAGCAUCCACCAUUCCCUUGCCACGCGGGCGUCUGACUACAGCAAGCGACCCAAUGUCUUCUACCUCAGGACAGCUGACUGGAGGGUCUUCCUCUUCCAAGCACAGAACCCCGAACAGAUGCACUCGUGGAUCACGCGCAUCAACGUGGUGGCAGCCAUGUUCUCCGCACCCCCCUUCCCUGCAGCCAUCGGCUCCCAGAAGAAGUUCAGCCGCCCGCUGCUGCCCAGCUCCUGCACCAGGCUGUCCCAGGAGGAGCAGGUGAAGAGCCAUGAGACCAAGUUCAAGACUAUGUCAGCGGAGCUGCUGGAGCAUCGCUCCUCGCUGCCUGAGAAGAAGGUGAAGGGCAAGGAGUACGAAGAGCUGAAGCAGAAGGAAGAGUACCUGGAGUUUGAGAAAUCCCGCUAUGGCACCUACGCCAUGCUGCUGCGGGCCAAACUGAAGGCUGGCUCCGAGGACCUGGCAGCGUUCGAGUCCACCCUCUUUGACGCAGUGGGCGGGGAGGACGAUGGCCUGAAAAAAUCCCGCUCCAGCCCUUCGCUCAACGCGGAGCCAUCCGGCACGGCCCCCAAGGGGAAGCGCAACGUCUCGGAGCGCGCUGGCCGCCAGCCCCCUGGCCACCCCCAGAAGUCGUAAGUGAGGGGCACCAGCCACCUGUGCUGCAGCUCCGUUGCUGCCCCCCCGGUGCUGGGGUGGAGGCCAUGUGCCCACCAAGACCCUGCAUGAGUCCGUCCAUCUGCAGCACGAGCUGAGGGGGUGACAGCCCUUCCCCGGCUGCCAGCACCAGCCAUCCAUGCAGGGCCAUGGCCCCUCCGCCGGAGGCAGUGGCAGAGCAGGGCAAUCCCCGGUCCUUGCUCGUGGGAGCUGCCCGCACCGUCAGCCCUAUCAGACUCAUUCCUGCCCCUCCUUGUCCUGCGCUUGGCUGCAGGACC